AUUGUUCGUUGGCUUUUUUCAGUUGAGAAGAUGCAGGAUUGCGAUGAAGAUGAGUUUGAUGCUGAAGUACAGGCAAUAACGGAAAAUGCUGGUCAACUUCGAAGUAUUCAAGGUCAAGGAGACAAUAAUCUGGAGUCAUGGACGUUAGAUGAACUGGCAGAUUACCUACGAACCAAUCCCAUAUCUUUAAUGGCUCAAAAUGUUGCUCAAGAAGUUUUUGAAUCAGAAGACAAGAAAGUGGAAUUCGAAAAUUUGUUUCGCAAUUUCUGUGAGUCAUCUCCAAAUGAAGUGACUUUCAACUAUCUGAAGAGUUUCCGCAGGGUGCGGGUGAACUUUCCAGUGGGCUUUGAGGCCAUCUGCGCUAAAGUGGACCUCCAUCAAUCUCAGAUAUGUGGAUCAGAGACCAAUGUGUACCUGGCCGACCAACCUUUGCCAAAUAUGAAUGAGCCAGACUUUCUGGAAGUACCACAGUCGGACAAGAUGUUCCUAGUGUCUCCUCCUCCGUCGCCGCCUGUCGGCUGGGAAGCGUGCUAUGAGGACCCACCUCACCCUGCACCGGAACUGGACUUAUCCGCCAUGAAAAUAUCAUCCUCGCCAUCAUCCAGCAGAAAAAUGGUGUCGGCGACUAGCAUCGCGGCUGCUCGAGGUGGAGCUUAUGCGAACCCAGUAGCCUUCGAACCACAAAGUGCAAAUAUUAAUACGACCUCAUCAAGCUCCUCUUCGCAUCCCAAUUUGGACACUAUGCUUCUGCUAACUGCUUUCGCUCAUCACUGCAGCCAACCAGGCCAAGUUGUAGAAAUUCUUCCCGAAGACGACGGUAACCCAUCAAUUUUCGUUACCUCAGUCGACGGGCCGUCUUCACGCUCUGACAGUAGACCAGGAGGACCCAUUCCUAGAUCCCCAUGUCCCCCCUAUGCCACGUGGCCUGCGGGGGAAGGGGACGAAGAGGAUGAAGGAGAAGAGCGACCACUGUUUGCACAACCAACGGGAGACGACAUCCCGGUGUACUCGGACAGUGACGGGGAAAAUGAACCAGUCGAGUCGUCGGGAGUUAAGCAAAGGAUGUCGCCCAAUGGGGAUGUAUAAACUCAAAAUUUGCCAAAGUAUAUUCGGCUUCUGCAAUAUUUGCUUAUAAGCAUUUAAACUUGACUGAUUGAUUAUAGCUACUUAACGGAUCUGGGUUGUACGAUUGGUUGUUCUCAAGAGAUCAACUUUCAUUCAUCAUAAAAAACCAUUUCUUGGACGAUUCGUUGAUCAAAAUAAGAUGUAGUACAAGCGCGAUUCUCCGUUUUAUAAGGUAGAUAAAUUAGUAUUUAAUUCCUGUGCUUAGCUAGCAUUCCUCUUUAAAGUGAAAUGUAUAUAAAUUUACUUAUAUUAAGAAAACGAAUGGAGUACCUGAAUAAGUACAAAUUUUGUCUGUCAAAUGACAUUCAGUGUCCUUCAAUUGUAAAAUGUAAUUGAAACACUUUUAUGGUUAGAUUUUCAGCUAACCUUUGAUAUCUUGCAGUCUAAUGGUAAUGUACUGGCUCAAAUACAAUUGAAACUGCAUAUGCUUCAACAGGAGGCGGAGCAAUAAGCAAAAUAGUUCAAGUGCAAGAAUGGGUCCAAGAGCAGAAAAACAGAAAAAUAUUAAUUCUUAUUGGUUUAUAUGGGCUAAUUGAUUACACAAUUAUUAGAAUCGUCAAAAAUACCAAGAAAAUGAAUAAAUAAUGCAUGAAAUGAAUAA